UCGGGCACUUAACAAACAUGGCGGCGUCCAUUACAAAACUGCGCACAAUUCUGCAAGUGCCAGCGCUUGCUCAAAGCUCAGUUUUGGCUCCACGCUUCGCAGCGUUAGGCAGACACGAUCCUACAUUAAAGAAAAAGAAGACACACAAAAUUGAUACAAAAAAGAAGCAGAAAAAAUCAUCUAAUAUUUCAAAAAAGCCUGUGGAAGUUUUCCCACCCGUGGACCCCGAGGCUUUCAUUGAUAGGAGCUUGCUGCAGAAGGACAGGGUAAGAAAUGUGCCAGAAGUUGAUGAACAGGAGAAGGAAAGAAGGGUGUUAUUGCUAAAGGAAUGGUCUAAAUAUAGAAACCAACAACAAAGGGAAGAGUUACGAAAACUAAAAGAUGUUAUUUUGUCAAGAGAACUGGCAUUACGAGAACUGAAAAAGGUUUCACCUUGGCAUUACGAAGAGGCUGUCAAAACUGAUGAUUCAUUGUUUCCACUACACUUGCAAGGACCAACUGAGACACCACCGAUAUCUGGUUAUAUUGCUCCAGACAUUAUUGAUGAAAAAUAGCCUAACUAUUAUCUCUACCACUGAGAUGAUUAAUCAUUGGUUUGCUGUACAUUGUA